AUGUCUACGCUAGUGGGAGAGGGGCGGGUCAUAGCCCAGAGAGUCACCAGAAGCAUCACCUACUACUACACCAGACGGACACCAGGGGGCGAUACCCCCUCCCCCUCUCCUCCCACCAUCUCCCCCACCCCCUCCUUAUCCUCCCAUCUAGACGCUCCUCUUCCCUCCUAUUCCCUCUCCACCCCCUUUCUCUCAGACACGCCCUCUCACCCCACCGUUUCCUCAACUCUGACUCCUUCCGCUUCGGAUGUACCAACCCUCUCUCCAUCCUCGCCCUCCUCCUCCUCCUCCCGUCCCCUCCUCCUGCUCCUCCCUUGGCUUGGCGCCAAACCAGGGGCCAUGGCGAAGUACCGGGACCUCUACCUGGAACGCGGCCUGGACAUCCUAUCUGUGGAGAGUGCUGUGUGGCACUUCCUGUGGCCUCGCUGGGGGCUGGAGUAUGGGGCCGAGGUCCUGGAGAUCCUGGACGACCCAUGUUUCAAAGGGCGCCCCCUUCUGGUCCACACCUUCUCCAUUGGCGGGUACACCUUCACCCAGCUGCUUAGCCAGAUGGUCAGGGAGCCACACAAGUACCCGGGCCUGGCCCAACAGGUCGUAGGACAUGUGUAUGACAGCCUGGUGGUUGGGUCGCUGGAGCAUAUGGCUACAGGUGAGAGAAAGGGGAAGGAAAGGAGGUAGGAUUGUCGGUUUGGAUUAUUACUCUGAGAAAGGAGAGGGAUCUGUUACUGAGACGGUGUGUGUGUAUAUAUGUGUGUGUGUAUGUGGGUCAGUGUGUGUGUGUGUGUGUGUGUGUGUGGGUGUGUGACAGAGAAAAGGUCUGCACUUUGCAUCUGUAUUUGUCACAAUGUUGCUGUGUGUGUUGAAGACCUAGUAAUCAUGCUCCCACCUUAUCUCCUCUACAAUGUUUGAUUGGAUUCAAAUGUAUUUGCUGAGUUUUUUUUUUUUUACACGUGUUUACUGUAUGGGGAAAUGACAUAGGUUUAUCCAAUUGAUUUAACAAGAAUGUAAAUGUAAUUAACCUUGAUCUGUAAAUAAAAUAAUCUGUGUGUGUGUCUGUGUGUGCCUCAGGCCUGGGCAGGACCCUGUUCCCUCGUAUCGAGCCCCUGGUGCGAUACACCGCUAUGCUAUACUUCUGGCUCUUCAAGUCCCAGACGGUGCACUACUACGACAACGCAGUCCAGGUCUUCUACAACAGCCCCGUCACCGCCCCGGCGCUCUUCUUCUUCUGCGAGAAUGAUGCGCUGUGUGACCCCGUCGCCAUGGAGGCGGUCAUCGACUUCUGGAGGAAGCGGGGCGUUGCUGUGGAAACCAGGAAGUGGAAGGAGUCUGUGCACGCCGCUCAUCUACGCUAUCACCCGGAGGAGUACCUCUUGACGUUAGAGACAUUUUUGAACUCGCUCAACAUCGCCCCCCCCCAGGGCUAA